CAGUACUAGACUUUUCAGUAUUACAUAGCUAACACUUCAUCACUGCACUCUUUUGUGUUUUCCGUCUCCAAUACUCAAGAAAAAAUGAGUUCAAAACUAGACAAUCAGAAUAUUACAGCAAAUGAAGAAGAAGAAGCAUUUCAUCAGGCAAUGCAACUAGCUAUGUCUACGAUUCUCCCUAUGGUCUUGAAAGCUGCCAUCGAUCUUGAUUUGUUAGAGAUCAUUGCAAAAGCUGGCCCUGCAGGCUGCAAGCUCUCUCCUAUUGAGAUUGCCUCUCACCUUCCUACGAAGAACCCUGAUGCUUCAUCAAUCAUUGACCGCAUUCUUCGUCUUCUUGCUAGUCACUCCAUUCUAACAUGCGAUCUUGCCACUAACGAAGAUGGACAUGUUCAAAGAUUAUAUGGUUUAGCACCCGUCGCAAAAUAUUUCCUUCACAAUGAUGAUGGAAUUUCCCUUAUUCCGACACUGACCACUUCAACGGACAAAUAUUUGCUUGGAGCUUGGUAUCACUUGACAGAAGCAACAUUGGAAGGUGGCGCCAUACCCUUGGUCAAGGCAUAUGGGAUGGAUUUGUUUGAGCUUGCUGCCAAAAAUGAUGAAAUAAGUGGCAAAUUCAACAAUACAAUGGGCAACCAGACUGCCAUAAUCAUGAAAAAAGUUCUGGAAAUAUAUAAGGGGUUUGAAGGCAUAAACCAACUUGUAGAUGUGGGAGGUGGAUUGGGUAUAAAUCUCAAGCUCAUAGUUUCCAAGUAUCCACAAAUUAAGGGCAUUAACUUUGAUUUGCCCCAUGUUGUUAAAGAUGCACCCCAUUUCUUAGGUGUUGACCAUGUCGGAGGAGAUAUGUUUAUCGAAGUUCCUCAAGGAGAAGUUAUUUUCAUGAAGUGGAUACUUCACGAUUGGGGCGAUGAUCGAUGCUUGAAGUUAUUGAAAAAUUGCUACAAUGCUUUGCCAAAGUUUGGUAAAGUGGUAGUGGUGGAAUUAGUUGUGCCAGAGUCCCCCAUGACCGACAUUGUGACCAAGAAUACCUUAACACUUGACGCAGGCUUGUUUAUCGUUGUCCCUGGUGCAAAAGAGAGGACAAAGGAAGAGUACGAGGCAUUGGCAAAAAAAGCUGGAUUCUCAACUUUUAGACUUGUUUGUCGUGCUUAUAGCUAUUGGGUGAUGGAAUUCCACAAAAGUAUUAUUGUCUGA